CCUCUUCGGCCCCCGGUGCUUGCGCCCGGCGCAGUCCGCCUCCGGCCGGCGCCUCCACACCCCGGGCGGAGGCAGCGCCGGCCCUCUGGCCGAGAAGAGGACGACGGGCGGGGGACGGCGGACCCGGGCCGCGAGCCCCGUGCAGACCGUGCGGCGCGUAGUGGGAGCUUGCGCUCAGUGGGCUCUUGAUGCAUUUCGUUGAAUUGUUUUUCUGGUUGGAGGAACGUAGGGCCCCUAAGAGGAAGGGGGUCGCUCCGGGCUAGCCGGAGGGCGUUCGUGAUCUGGGUCGUGGUGAAUCGGGGGGGAGGUCACCGGAGACUGUGGGGCAUUUGCGCGCGUUGCAGGGGAGGGGGCACCCGCCAAGUCACUUGGGGCUCUGAGGCUCCGAUCCGGGGGUCCUCAAGGUCGACGAGAAGAGAGGUUCAUCCGGAGAUGAUAGAGGGAACUGGGGAGCUUGGAUGGGGGAAGUGACUGGAGCACCUCCGGAGUUUAACCCGAGGUGGAAAGGGAUGCGCAGGCGGGCGCUGGAAGACCCUCUGCAACUACUUGGGGUCCUAAGAUUCUUUGGUGCUGGGAUUUGGGGAUUCAAGCAGCUGAAGCGAAAUGACUUUCUGGAGAGGGAGUUGCAUUUAAAAAAGGAUGCUCAGAAACAGUUUAAGCACACAACUUGCUUGGUUCUGAACUUUGAGAGGCCGGGGUAUUGGAGUCACGAGGUGAUUUCUGACAUUUUCUUUCGGCAUUCCAACCAAAAGGUGGACCUUGGCAGUUAUCUUUUAUUUUAAAAGAGGGAAGUGGACACUGACAAUAGUAGAGGGCAUGGCUUCUCCUGUUCAAUAAUGCCUCAAAAUUGAUCACACAGAGAGAACACAGUUAUUUAAAAGGUCUUAUAAUCAAUGGAUAAAGUGGGGAAAAUGUGGAAUAACUUCAAAUACAGGUGUCAGAAUCUCUUCAGUCAUGAGGGAGGAAGCCGUAGUGAAAAUGUGGAUAUGAACUCCAACAGAUGUUUGUCUGUCAAAGACAAAAACAUCAGUAUAGGAGACUCAGCUCCUCAGCAACAAAGCAGUCCCUUAAGAGAAAAUGUUGCCUUACAACUGGGGUUAAGCCCUUCAAAGAAUUCUUCAAGGAGAAACCGAAACUGUGCCACUGAAAUUCCUCAGAUUGUUGAAAUAAGCAUUGAAAAGGAUAAUGACUCAUGUGUCACCCCAGGAACAAGACUUGCAAGAAGAGAUUCCUACUCUCGACAUGCUCCUUGGGGUGGGAAGAAGAAACAUUCCUGUUCUACAAAGACACAGAGUUCACUAGAUACCGAUAAAAAGUUUGGUAGAACUCGAAGUGGACUUCAAAGGAGAGAGAGGCGAUAUGGUGUAAGCUCUGUGCACGACAUGGACAGCGUUUCCAGCAGAGCCGUAGGAAGUCGCUCUCUGAGACAGAGGUUGCAGGAUACUGUGGGCUUGUGUUUUCCCAUGAGAACUUACAACAAGCAGUCAAAGCCCCUCUUUUCUAAUAAAAGAAAAAUACACCUUUCUGAGUUAAUGCUUGAGAAAUGCCCUUUUCCUGCUGGCUCGGAUUUGGCCCAAAAAUGGCAUUUGAUUAAACAGCAUACAGCCCCUGUGAGCCCACAUUCUACAUUUUUUGAUACAUUUGAUCCAUCCUUGGUUUCUACAGAAGAUGAAGAAGAUAGGCUUCGAGAGAGAAGGCGGCUUAGUAUUGAAGAAGGGGUUGACCCCCCUCCCAACGCACAAAUACAUACGUUUGAAGCCACUGCACAGGUUAACCCGUUAUAUAAACUGGGACCAAAGUUAGCUCCUGGAAUGACUGAAAUAAAUGGGGACAAUUCUGCAAUUCCACAAGCUAAUUGUGACUCUGAAGAGGACACAACCACGCUGUGUUUGCAGUCACGGAGGCAGAAGCAACGUCAGGUAUCUGGAGACAGCCAUGCCCACGUUAGCAGACAGGGAGCUUGGAAAGUCCAUACACAGAUUGAUUACAUACACUGCCUCGUGCCGGAUUUGCUUCAGAUCACAGGUAAUCCCUGUUACUGGGGAGUGAUGGACCGUUACGAAGCAGAAGCCCUUCUGGAAGGGAAACCUGAAGGUACAUUUUUGCUCAGGGACUCUGCACAGGAGGACUACCUCUUCUCUGUGAGCUUCCGUCGCUACAACAGAUCCCUGCAUGCCCGAAUUGAACAGUGGAAUCACAACUUUAGUUUUGAUGCUCACGACCCGUGUGUGUUUCACUCCUCCACUGUAACAGGACUUUUGGAACAUUACAAAGACCCCAGUUCUUGCAUGUUUUUUGAACCAUUGCUUACGAUAUCACUAAAUAGGACUUUCCCUUUUAGCCUGCAGUACAUCUGCCGUGCAGUCAUCUGCAGAUGCACUACGUAUGAUGGAAUUGAUGGGCUCCCUUUACCGUCAAUGUUACAGGAUUUUUUAAAAGAGUAUCAUUAUAAACAAAAAGUUAGAGUUCGCUGGCUAGAACGAGAACCAGUCAAGGCAAAGUAAACCCUCCUGUCCCCAAAGGGCAUUAACUAGAUCUGCUUUUAUGUGCAUCGGGCAGUACACCUCUAGCAAGCACACAUAUCAGUGUUAGGUUUUUUUCAGUACAGUAUGUAAGCUUAGUGUUAGUAUUUGUCAGGUGCAAUCUGCUGUUACUUACUCAGAUAAACGUGGUGCCUAUUGAGACAACAGAGGAUACAGCUACAGGUGUUCGGUAAGGCUACAAAAACAUUCUGCCGAUUUAGCUGACAGUUUGGUUUUUAAUGGCUGUAGUUAACUGAGUGAAGCAACUCUGGGGCAUUUGCUAUGAAGAAUUCUAUUUCUUACUGAAGAACAAAUUAUUAAUAUUGGAUGAGUAUUUCAACAGUGUGACUAAUGUUUGAAAUUAUUAUUUUUUCUAAGAAUUUUUCUAUAACCUUCCAAAAGUAGUGAUGUUUGUAGUUACUAUAAAUCAAGCUUUGGAAGUCCAAAAAAUAAAGACUGCCUUCCUUUUAGAAAAAAAUGCAAUUUUCUGGCCACAAGGGCAUAGUGCAGUGCAGUUCACUUAAGUGUUGAUAUAGUUUAUAGUCAGUCUCCUUUUCUCUUCUGCAAAAGGUACUGUUAAGUAAACCAGUUUUCUAAGUAGUAGUUCUUAAAAUUUCAGACUUAUGAAAAGUUGGUAGUAGAAUUUUAUUUAGAAUUUUAUUUAAGGCCUUAAGUAUUCAUUUUUUAAUGAGUGCUUUAACAUAACACAUUGGGAAUAGCUGCUGCAAAGUAGGCCUGCGUGUGAUUUUUUUAAGGUGACAUGUGCAGUCAAAUCGCUGAUUCAUUAAAGUUGGAUCUUUUUCUAUGCCCGUGAUGAGUUUGUGAACCAUGAAGAAAAUGAGACUAAACGAUACCCAAACAAGUCAGAUAAUACUACAGUGGUUGCUGAUUGUUGAGAUUAUUGUUAAACUGUAAUUCAUAAUUUAGAUGGCAGUAUUUAUCUCUUUGUUGUAAACUCUCAUAGCUGAAUUGCUUAAGUACAAGUUAUAGAAUUUCAGUGCACUUAAUUUUUAAUGGAAAAAUCUUAAACCUAAAUUGCUGAUUUAAAAGGUACUGUACAACCAUUGUGUCUGUAAAUAACUUUACUUAGCACCUUUUUGUCACUUAGAAUAGUAUGCAAUACUACUUGAGUGAGCUAUUUUGGAAGUAAUACCAAGUUCUAGUGUUUGCUUCUUAGUAUUGGACUGAAUUUACAGUUCCGUCCUGGACAUUUUGCACUAAAGUAGUCGAAUCCAUUCUUCUGUCUUUUUGUUAACGUGCUCUGUACCACUGGUGAGUGCUCCUUAGUUUCCUUACCUGCUGCUACAGAAAGUUCUUUUACAUCCCAAUGGCUAUCACCAAGGCCACAAAAAAGAAAAGCUAUAUUUGUAUGCAACACUAACCCUUUGACUGCUAAUGUAUGUUUCUGCUUGCUGUGCCUUGUUACGGCUGCUUUUUUGUGCUAAUAAAGUACGUUUGGUGUUCUCCUUGUAUAUCUGCUGUUUUAUACAUUUGCAACAAUUUCUCUUGUAAAUGGAAUGGUUUGGGGUUUUUAAAUAAGCAUUACCUGACAACCUACUAUAGUUAAUGCAGAAUUACUGAACAGUCUAAUAUUGACUUAUUCCAACUAAGCUAACUCUAAAUUUAAUUCUAUACAUCUUUCCAAUCAUAAUCACAUAUGCUGUGGAACAGUAUCUAUAGUUACUGCAAAUUACUGUAUAGUUUAGAUUAUAACAGAAAAUGAACAGAGAAAUACUGGCUAAACCUAUUGAUUUCUCUGCUUAUAAGUGAAAGAUUGAAACUAUCGAUGACAUGUUAUCAUAAAUGAAUAUCUAUAGCCUCCCACUGCAUCAGAAACAAGUUAAAUGAAGUCUUGUAAACUAAUAAUACAUCAGCACCAUUUAUUGGUUUGGGGACCAUUUUAAUUAACAACAAAUGCCCAAAAUGUAGAACUUUAACCAAAGACUUGUCCAUUUUAAAGCAAAAUGGGGAUUGAAGGGACUUACAAUUCCUGUUGUUUCUAAUAGAAGUCCCUGAAGAACAUAUACCAAAGUGUUUGAGAACUUCAUCCAAACCUACUUUAAAGCAUUAUGUGCAAUUAAGUUGUUAUGACAUAAUUACAGUGCAUAAUUGUUGGGUCCGUUUUCUUGAGCUUAUAAUGUACCUGGAAAAUAAACCUCUUGGGGAAAAAAAGUUCAUACUGAUUAUUGGAGAAAGACUAUAUAUGCAAGCAAGAUCUUAUUUUAAAGAGGUAACUUGAAACUCCAAGAAAGCACUUGAUGUUUUGUAUGCUUGUAGCAAAUUGAUGUUUUAAUUGUAGUUUUAUAGAAAGUAUUAAUGCUUUUAUGUAUUUCAGAAAUUUCAUAUGUUAAAUGGAAAUUGUUUUAAAUGUGUAAAUAUUUGAGUUUAUGUAAGCAUGUAUGUUACUGUGCUAAAAGUCACUUAUGUUUCGGUUUGUGUGUAAUAUUAAUAUGCAACUUUUGGUUUAAAAUUUUUUCUUAAACAAUUAGUGGCUUACAUUUUAAAAAAGAAAAAUCACCAGCAUGAAACUGCACCUAAGUCUAUAUUCACUGUGUCUUUUUCUGAAUCCCGUUGUAGCCUGUCAACUAAAUUUGUGUCUUCAUGGUC